AUGUAUAAUAUACUUAAUAAUACUGUUGAUAGAUCAUAUCAUAAUGGAAAUAAUCAUGAAUAUUUUAGUGGAGAUUUAAAUAGAAUUCUUACUUUGGCAUCGGCAGUAGUUUAUACAGUAAUUACCAUUGUCAUUUUAAUAGAAAAAUACAAAUACCCAAAAUCUUCAAUUAAUUAUGUUUUAAUUGGUUCUGUUUCUGAAUCUAUAGGAUAUUUCGUUAGAUUCGCUGCAGUAUAUCAUACUGACUCCUUUGUACUAUAUGUAGUACAACAAGUAUUAAUAUUAAUACCACCAAAUCUAAUAACAUUUGGUUGGUAUAAUAUUGUUGCUAAAGUUGUAAAAGAACAUUAUUACAAUGUAAAUCUAUCAAAAGGAAAGGUUAGACUUGGAUUGAUAUCAUCUUCAAUAGUACAGAUCAUCGGUUCCUAUAUGUAUUCAAAGGCAGACACUCGGAUAGCAGGAAGAGCCAUUGUUAUUGUGGGUCUUUUCAUGACAACAAUCGUCUAUAUCAUUUGUUUUAUUUGUUGCUGUCGAGUAUAUUCGCUUUUGAGACAAGAAUAUAAAAUGAAAAUGGAAAACUUACCAACCAUUUGGCGAUUGAUAUUCUUUGGUCUCUUCCUAGCUAUCACACUUCUGACCAUCAGAUCAAUCUACAGAAUCAUACAUUAUUUCAAGAGAUUUCAUCAUUUGACAUUCUAUAUUUUCGACACUUUGCUUAUCAUCAUCAUUUUGGUAGCAUGGUCAAUUUUAUACCCAACAAAAGAAAUUCAUCAGAAUAAUGAAGAUAAUUAUAUGCAAAUUGCAUAA